CGCUUUGUAGGUCCAGGAGAUGACCCGCGUUCCUGUCGGUUCUCGCAGAUGAUGGAACAGAGGCUGGAGAACGUGUUCUCUGAGGCCCAGGCCAAAGUCCUGGACGUCCACACCAGACUCUCUGUCCAGAUGCUUGGUGUUUCUCAGUCAGUUGGUUCUCCUGCUGUGUCUCUGGUCUACAUGGUGAGGAACGGGACCGCCCCUCUCAACGGCACCGCCGCCUCGAACCUCCUGGGUCAGCUGACCGCCGAGAUGGUCGGCUACUUCCUGUUCUACCCACCGCUGGUCAUUGCUGAACCAUUGGAAUACCACAACCUCAAUACCUCCAUCGCUACCAGAGACUUCUGGGUAAUCACAGUCAUCCUGGAUGUGGAUAACUCAUCUCUGGAGAGCCAGUACCAGAGCUUUGCCAGUCUCAUGGAGCAGCGCCUGGCUGAGCUGUUUGUGGUUGCUCGCCAGCAAGGCACUCGCUUCAGGAGAGCCACCACUGUGGACAGCUACACUGUCCAGAUGGUGAGUAUCCGUCGAGUGAUGGGUCAGAAGAACCCAGCAGAGAUGACCUACUACGUUCAGCUCAACGGUCUUCCCUUACCGGGCACGUCAGCCGCCAAGGUCCUGAACACGCUGGACUCUCAGACCAUGGCCCUCACACUGGGUUACUUCAUUCAGCUGCAGGCUGAAC